AUGGUGAACUCGCUGCUAUUCGGGGAGAUGGCCUUGGCUUUCGGCUGCCCGCCGGGCGGCGGCGGCGGCUGCCCCGGCGGCGGCGGCGGUGGCGGUGGGGCUGGACCAGGGCCGUCGCCGGUGACGGCGGCGCUGCGAGACGACCUGGGUUCCAACAUCCACCUCCUCAAGGGGCUCAACGUGCGCUUCCGCUGCUUCCUGGCCAAGGUGCACGAGCUGGAGCGGCGCAACCGGCUGCUGGAGAAGCAGCUGGAGCAGCAGCAGAGCGAGCGGGAUCGGCGGCUGCGCUACAAGACCUUCUCCCGCGAGCAGGCGGUGCAGACCGGGCCUGAGCUGCUGCGGCCACCAGUGCCUGGCAGCGGACACGGCGGCGGACACGGCAGCGGCCCGGCGCCCGGCGCCAACGCCAAUGCCGUGGCCCUGGGCUGCCUGCCCCCCGGCGGCGGCUCGCACCCGCAGCACUACGGCCGCCUGCCCGGGACCAUUUGGAGCUACACGCAGGUGCGGCGCACGGGCGGCGGCGGCGUGGAGACGGUGCAGGGCCCCGGCGUGUCCUGGGUGCACCCCGACGGCGUGGGCGUGCAGAUUGACACYAUCACGCCAGAGAUCCGCGCGCUCUACAAUGUGCUGGCCAAGGUGAAGCGCGAGCGCGACGAGUACAAGCGGAGAUGGGAGGAGGAGCUGGCCAAACGCAUGAACCUUCAGACCAUGGUGGAUACCCUGCAGGAGGCGGCGCAGGAGGCCGAGGCCAUCCAGGAGGAGAUGAACGAGAAGAUCGAGAGGCUCAAGGCCGAGCUGGUGGUGUUCAAGGGGCUCAUGAGUGACCCCAUGACAGACCUGGACACAAAGAUCCAAGAAAAGGCCAUGAAGGUGGACAUGGACAUCUGCCGCCGAAUCGAUAUCACGGCCAAGCUGUGCGAUGUCGCGCAGCAGCGGAACUCGGAAGACGUGUCCAAGAUCUUCCAGGUGGUCCCCAAGAAGAAAGAGCGUAAGGUGACUUCGGAUGAUGACAUCUCUGAACAGGAUGGAGAGGUGAACCGGUUCUCGGACGACGAGGUUGGCUCCAUGAACAUCACGGACGAGAUGAAGCGCAUGUUUAACCAGCUGCGGGAGACCUUUGACUUCGAUGACGACUGUGACAGCCUGACGUGGGAGGAGAACGAGGACACGCUGCUGCUCUGGGAAGAUUUCACCAACUGCAACCCCAGCAUCGACCUCCAGGGCGAGCAAGAGGAGAAUCUGGGCAACUUGAUCCACGAGACCGAAUCCUUCUUCAAGACGAGAGACAAGGAGUACCAGGAGACCAUAGGCCAGAUUGAGCUGGAGCUGGCCACAGCCAAGAGUGACAUGAACCGGCACCUGCACGAGUACAUGGAGAUGUGCAGCAUGAAGCGGGGCCUGGACGUGCAGAUGGAGACCUGCCGCCGGCUCAUCAAAGGCUCUGCAGACAGGAAUUCGCCGUCCCCCAGCUCUGUGGCCAGCAGCGACUCAGGAAGUACAGACGAAAUCCAAGAUGAGUUGGAGCGGGAGGGGGACGUGGAGCCGAUGGUCAGCUGAUGACGGAGCCCCAGGCACCUGGUGGUCCUGGUGAUGGGCCUGCGGGCCCCUUCUCUCCAGGGGGCCAGGAAGGCUCCUCCCAUGGGCUCCAGUCCUCACCACACAGACUUCCUCUGCCUUCCCUUCUCUGGAGGCCCCAAGGGACCGCUGCUUCCUUCCACCGCCCCCACGACCAGUGCCCCUCUCCAUCCACCCCCCACCCAAGGAAUGGUGCUGUCAAUUUCUAUCGUUCUCCACGUUACAAAUGCAGACUUCUGUCGGAGGAUGCAGUGUGAACUGUGCCUUCUCCCUUAAGCUGAGCCACUUUGAGCUCCAAAGAUUUAUUCCUGGCAGGUGUUUUUAUACAAAACUCCAAGGUGAGGGCGGGGCCCGGGCCUGAAUCGCGUGGUUUCUCCCCUCCCACCUGCUGCUCUGAUUGGCCAUGAGCUUUGCCCUCCCUUUCUCUGUGGCUGGCACCUGGAGGGCUCUCCCUUCCCUGGGAAGGAGCUCUUGCCUCUGGGCCUCGUGGGGACCUCCUGGACCCUCACUUACUGAAAGAGAAAGGUGGAAGGAAGGGAGGGAAGACCAAUUUUUAUUUUCUGUCUUGGAUCUAGUGGCAAAGUAGAGGGACAAGGCACUGUGGGGGGCGGGGGGUGGAGCCUCACUGUGUUUAAACUACUAUGCAAAAAAACAAAACAAAAAGCAGCUUGCCUUAUAUCUUCCUGGAUGGCAGGCCCUCUCCCCGCUCCUGGCUCUCCCCCGGAGCUGGGAGGGAGGCUGAGGUUGGAGCCAUCUCCCUUGAAGCCUCCGAGGGUGCGCCUCCUCGGGUGCACCUCCUUGGGUGCGCCUCCUCGGGUGCGCCUCCUCCGUAGGUCCAGGCUGGGAGUGAGGCCUGCGUUUCUGCCAGGCCCGCCCCACUUGACCGCUGGCUUUCUUGGGGACCUCUGUGGGGUUGGGUUGGGCUUGGGGCGCCUUUAUUGUCCUGAUGACUUGAUGUUCUCCUCUCCCUCUCCGGCCAAUAAUAAGGAUUUAUAGAGCUGUAAUUUCUCUGUGAGAAAGUCUGAAGGGGCCAGGCCUGGUACCUCUUCCGUCCAUGGUAGGGCUCCCCUUGGUGCCCGCCUGCUGCCAUCUUGGUUCUCCACUGUCCUGUGGUCACCUGGUAUUAGGCCACUGGCAGGAAAGAGGCAUGGGAAAGGGAAACGGAGGGAGGUGGCAGGGGCUGCUGGUGGGUUAGUGUCUGGAGGUGGCCUGAGGAGAACCCCAGUAGGGGCCGUCCCUGUUCUGCGCGUGGACACGUGAGCCUUUUUCCGCCAUUCACUUCACCCACCAGCUGGGGAGUUCAUCUGAGCCAGUAUCUCCCCGCGGUUUGAGGGGCCUGAGUUGGAGGGCCCUUUGUUGAGACCACCCACCAAAUCUCAGCUGGGAAUCGGUCCAGCAGGCCUCCUCCCCACAGCUGGAUGUCCACUCCAGUGGGGGGGGGUGCCCACUUUUGUUUUUGUUGGCCCAGGGGCUCCCUCUGAAGGUCAAAGAAACAAAAACCGUGCCCCCUCGUGGGCUGAGGAGCACUCUGGCCCGAGAGGGUGGGUGGCUCCCUGACUCCCCUCUGCAGGGGCCACUGGCCAUUCAGGGCCUUCCCUCGUCCAUUUUCCCCGCGUUUUGCCGUCUUAAAACCGUUGUACAUUGCAUUCAUCAAUAUGUGGAGAGAGAGAGAGAGAGAGAGAGAGAGAGAGAGAGAGAGAGAGAGAGCGCGCGCAUCAUUGCCUGUGAUAUAAUUUAUCAGAAUUUGUGGUGUUUCUCCUGAGCUGUUCCCUUUGUUUUAUUUGGGGGGCGCAUCUGCUGGCCCCCGGGCAGUCUGGCGGCCCGGCUUCCGACCUCCUCACCUCCUCAUCUCUCGAUGGCCAGACUGCUCCUUUGGCAGGUACUUGGAGGGAUCAAGGUUUUGGAAGAGGGACAGCCCCUUCUCCCCUCCUCACUGGCCCUUGUUGUAAAGGUUACAGGGUUCACACAUAUCCGAUUAUUAUUAUUGUUGUUGUUGUUGUUGUUUUAUUUUUAUUUUAACCAAAGGUUAUCGGAGCCGGUUGGGCUUAGACCUCAGCUGCUGAAGAGAUUUCCCAUUUCCAUGAGGGUAGGAAGAUGGCCGCCCUCGUGGGUGUCCCCAGCCUGGGGCUGAGGGAGGCGUCCAGGGCUGUGGGGCAGGCUGGGUGGGAGCCAGCCCUGGGCUGUUCCUCGAGGUGGUGGAGGGUCACAGACCUAUCUUUAGUUAGGACAGUUAGGCAGCAGUGUAAGUGUUUGGGGACAGAGGUCACRGUGGUGGUGGUGUCCUGUGGUAUUAGUUUGCUUCCCCCUUGUCCACAUAGGCCAUUUGUCUUCAGGGUGCUCCGAUUUGUCCAGGGAGUGUGAGAAUGGCCGGUGCCAGAGAGGGACCCUGGCCUGAGCGUCCCUUCCUGCUGGCUCCCACCACCUGCUCUCCUCUGGGGCGCUGAGGCCUUGGGGCAGUAGGGAGGUACGCAGAGCCAGGGUGUGGCCAGCCGCCUCCUGGGCAGGGCCCUGGGUCUCACCUGGUCACUGUCCAUGCCACUCAGUUCUUUAAGUUGGUUGCCAGUGGGCCCUGCUUGACCCCUCGCCACGAGCCCACAGCUUGCCAAGAAAGACCCCACGGCUCGCCGGGGCAGUGCGUGGCCCAGUUGGGGCCAGCUGGUCCGUCCUUUGUAAAGCUGUAAAUACUUCAUUUUUUUGGUUUUCUAUUUCUGAGCCCGGUGUCAUAUUGACACUGGUAUUUUAGACUCGUUCUCAGAUGGGCUCUCCUGGCUGCCCUCUCUCACUCGCACUCUCCUGGGUCUGGGGGUUUUACACAUACACAGGAUGGGGGAGCAGCAGAGAAGGUAGCAUUCUUUUGACUCCCUGGUUGGUUGUGAAACACACACACACACAUACACACACUCCUCUGAGACUCUGAACAGUGAAAAAAAUGAUUGGCCAGCAAACACAUUCUGCUUUCUCAUGGCAAUAGGACUGGAGGCUCCGAGGACCAGUCCCUCCCAGACUCCGCCCUGGAGCUCCACCGACUCGGGAGAGUCCAACUACUUUGGCUUGGGGUGGGAGGAAAGGGGGUGGGGCAGGGGAUAAUAUAAAGGUGUAACUUAAGCUAAAUGUAAUCUAUUUAUAAAGCCAGAGACUCUCAUCUAUUUUUAUGAAAGGAAAGGUUUUUUUAAAUCUAGGGUAGGCAGUUGAGGUAGCCCAGCAUCUUUCUGUGGACAAGAUAUUCUGCAUGUCGCUGCUGGAUUUCGUAUCAUCAGUACCCCCGGCCCCUGACUCGCCUUCCUGAACUCAUCCACACCCAAGAUCGCAUUCAGCAGAGAGGAGCCCACUCCACCCUGUUUCCUUCUCCCCUGAUCCCUCCAGUCUUUGGAAGUCUUGGUGGGGGGAGGCGCUUUCAGAGGUAGGUGGGCGGCAGGGAUUUCCAAAUUGAGGG